UGCCGAGCGCGGGCGCGCGGGGCGGAGCUUGGCGGAGACGGGGAAGGGGUCGCCGCGGCUGCCGCUCUUCGAGUUGGCGGCUCCCUCGGGGGCCGGUAGGCGGGCGUCGAGUCGGCAGGGCGCGCGGCUGCGGUCCCCGGGUGACACGCUCAGCAGCGGCCAGUGGCGACAUGAGUGCCGCGGGACUGUUGGCUCCGGCUCCGGCCCCGGCUGGAGCGCCGCCGGCCCCGGAGUACUACCCGGAGGAGGACGAAGAGCUGGAGAGCGCCGAGGACGACGAGCGCAGCUGCCGGGGCCGAGAGUCCGACGAAGACACUGAGGACGCUAGUGAAACUGACCUGGCAAAGCAUGAUGAAGAAGACUAUGUAGAAAUGAAGGAACAGUCCUAUUUGCAAAUGUUUCGUGACCAUCAUCUGGAUUCUGUUACCCUUUUCACGCUUUGGAAUCCAAAGGGGAUGUAUCAGGAUAAACUGGCUUCUCUCAAGAGACAGUUGCAACAACUUCAGGAAGGUACGUUACAGGAAUAUCAGAAGAGGAUGAAAAAACUAGAUCAGCAGUACAAAGAGAGGAUUCGAAACGCAGAACUCUUCCUCCAGCUGGAAACUGAACAGGUGGAAAGAAACUACAUCAAAGAAAAGAAGGCCGCGGUGAAAGAAUUUGAAGACAAGAAGGUGGAGCUGAAAGAGAACUUGAUUGCUGAGCUGGAAGAGAAGAAGAAAAUGAUCGAAAAUGAAAAGCUAACGAUGGAGCUGACUGGAGAUUCUAUGGAAGUGAAACCCAUCAUGACCAGAAAGUUGCGGAGGCGACCAAAUGAUCCUGUCCCCAUCCCAGACAAGAGGAGAAAACUCUCAACACCCCAGCUAAACUAUUUGUUAACAGAUGAACAGAUCAUGGAGGAUCUGAGAACGUUAAAUAAGCUUAAGUCACCCAAGAGACCAGCAUCCCCGUCCUCUCCUGAACACUUGCCUGCCACGCCGGCAGAGUCUCCAGCCCAGAGAUUUGAAGCUCGGAUAGAAGAUGGGAAACUGUACUAUGAUAAAAGAUGGUACCACAAGAGCCAAGCCAUCUAUCUGGAGUCAAAGGACAACCAGAAGCUGAGCUGUGUGAUCAGCUCUGUCGGAGCCAAUGAGAUCUGGGUGAGGAAGACCAGUGACAGCACCAAGAUGAGGAUCUAUUUGGGCCAGCUUCAGCGCGGGCUCUUCGUGAUCCGCCGGAGAUCACUCUCUUCCUGCCUGCCUUUCUUGUCAUCUCUGAAGUAAGCAGGGAAGGGUAGGAGCCAUUGAACUGGUUUCUAAAAAUGUAGAUGGAGAGCUGGACACACUACAUCUUGCUGCUCUCUGGAUGUCGGUGGACCUUUUCAUGUCGUGUCCUGCUGUAGAGCCACUGAACGAAAGAACACACCAGUUCAAUGUCACCUGCUUCAGACUGUCUGCUCAGCUCCAACCAGCAGCCUGCGUAACCACCAAAGCCAGGGUUUGCAGUCUUUGGAGAGAGGCAGGAAUGAAACCAAUUUCUGGUCUCUUCUGCUAGUGUUAGAGAUGCCCCACAUCUAUCUUUGGUAAAGCUAAGCACCUUCUCUGCUUUUAAAAAGACAGUAGAUGGAAUGCUCUAGAAACAUGGGCACCAGCUCACUCUCUUUGGACAUAAUGACAUGAUGAGAAAUAUAUUAGCUUUAGGAAUUUUAGUGUUUACCAGAGUAGGUAUUUUUGUGAAUAGCUAUGAUUAUUAAGACGAAAAGAUAUGUAUGUUCAGAAGGAUCCCUAGGGGAGUGAGGGAGAUAAGAUACAGCAUAGGUACCUAGACACUUAAUCCCUUUACCCAUUUUCCCUAAUCUGUGUUUGCUCAAUUCUCUGAAAGAUACAGAUCUCUAAAAUGACAAAAUUCACUUUACUGAUACGAGAAGACCAAUAAUCAGAAUCUGAAAGAUUCUCUCCCCUGUUUCUCAAAAGUUGGAGACUCAGUGGUGUGCUCUGUUUUUCUGCAGCCUGAUGCUCCUGUCUGUUGGCAUCACGUGUCUGCCUGCCGAUGGGGUGAAUGGGUGUGGGGUCAAAGUAGGUGAGAUUAGGGGCACCUGGGUGGCUCAGUCGGUUAAAGCAUCCGACUUCGGCUCAGGUCAUGAUCUCAUGGUCCAUGAGUUCCAGCCCCAUGUCGGGCUCUGUGCUGACAGCUCAGAGCCUAGAGCCUGCUUCAGAUUCUGUCUGCCUCUCUUUCUGCUCCUCCUCGGCUACUGGUCUGUCUCUCUCGCUCUCAAAAAUAAACAAACAUUUGGGGCACCUGGGUGGCUCAGUCGGUAGAGCAACCGACUUCAGCUCAGGUCAUGAUCUCGCGGUUUGUGGGUUUGAGCCCCGUGUCGGGCUCUGUGCUGACAGCUCAGAGCCUGGAGCCGCUUCGGAUUCUGUGUUUCCCUCUCUCUCUGCCCCUCCCCCACUCACGCUCUGUCUCUCUCUGUGUCAGAAAUAAAUAAACAUAAAAAUAAACAUUAAAAAAAAAAGGUUCUAGAGCCAGCUAGGAAAGCAGUGCUCAUAGAGAAUAAGCAGUUAUUGAAGGUAGGAGUACAGUGGCCUCAGGUUGGCAAGUCCCUGCAUAUAAUUAAGAAUCACUUUUUUUUCAACAUUGAUUCUUUCAGUAAGUAUUUGAGUGUUUACUGAGAUGCAGUGUGGCAUAGUGGCAGUGUGGCAAAAGCAAAAGAGUUGGAAUCAGUAUUUGAAUCCAGCUUUAACUAGCUGCAAUGUGACGUUAGGCACAUUGGUUAAGUAACAGGCACAUAGGUUAAAUAGUAAUAUCCACCCCAGAGUGAUUUUGAGGAUUCUAAUAAUGUUAUGUAUAUAGCACUUACUAUAUCCUAAGCACUUUACCCAUAUUAACUUACUGAAUCCUUGUAAUGACCCCGUGAGGUAGCUGCUGUUACAAAUCCUCACUCUGUAGUUGAAGAAAUUGAGAAACAGAGGUCAAGUACCUUGCCCAAGGUCACGUAGCUAGUAAAUGGUGAGCCAGGAUUCUGAGCCCAGUUUCUCCAGAGCUCUUGCUCUCUCAUUCACCAUACUCUGCUUUGAGGGGGACAUAACACAGGGCUGGAUUCAGGGAGUACCCUGUCUCUGGAAACUGUCCCCUCCAUUGUCACUACUGCUGCCCUCAAUCUGUCUCUGUCCUUGGAUGUUAAUCUGCCAAAUCCUGUGAGACCAGAAGCUAGUUUAGUGCCAAGAGACAAUGAAGGUAAAGUUGGCAGCUUCAGAGAUCAUGGUAAGUGUCACUUCCUACAAGUGGGUUGGAAUGAAUGCCCAGCACAUUGGGUUGAGAAGGAUUCUGAAGCCCAAGUUGGGCAGAAUGGGAGGAGUGGCUUAAUCGAUUAGUUUUGUCUGCUGAUUUAGUUUGACCCCUUAUUUUGAAGAUGAAAACAUCUAAGGCCCAGAGAUGAUAAAUGAUGUGCCCAAGUUCAUAUGGCCAGCUAUAGGCAGAGAGGUGGUGGGGGUCCUGUAUUCUGGUAUGGCCACUCAUUAACCCAGGGAUUUUUACUUAAUGGCUUGAUAGUUAGGGCACACUCAUCCUCUUGUGCCUCGGACUUUUCUGGUUUUAGCAUUGAUAAUCUUGCAUCCCAGGAACUGUCUCAGACCCAGGCAAACCGAGACAGUUGGUCACCCUGUUCAGUUUCCUCCUCUGUAAAGUGGGGAUAAGAAUUGGCAUUUUUCCAUGGAUUAAGUGAUUUCUCAUAGAUUAGAUAAAGCACUCGGAAGUAGUGUUUGGGACAUAGUAAGUCCUCAAUAUGUGUUGGUGAUUUAUUGUCAUUGUGUUCAUUAUUAUUGGAGCAGAGGGUUCCAGCCCCAAAAUGAGAUCCUGGAGAACUUCACAAUCAUCCCAGCCAAGACAGGGGACCUUGCCAGGAUCAUCUGGUCACCUGGAGCUGACUGUUGGGGAUGUUUUUUCUUCUACUUGAAAUAGUAGUAAACUAUCAUGAGCUCGAGGAUUGACAUUAGUGCAUUCAAUCCACAUGCUGUUCAUGGAGUACUGCAUGUUAGGUAGUCUAGGUUCUUUGGGGGGAUUUAGAGAUAAAUAAAAGCAUGGUUCCCUUCCUCUGGGGCAGUGAGGAUGGGCAGCUGUGCUUGUCAGUAAUUCUGGUUCAGUGGGAUGGGAGCUACAUUCGAGGCCUGGAGAAAACUGGACAGAGAAAAUACUAGCAGUUGACAUUUAUCGGGCAGGUGGUUGAACACUUCACGUGCAUUAUCUCAUUAAUUAUUUGUUGUCUGUGAAUUUGUUGUUACGUAUCUGGGGUUUACAGACUGGGAAACUGAGGUUUAGAAAGAGUAAGAAACUUGCCUCAAGUUCACCCAGCAUGAUUCCAAAGCAGGUCUUGCUGACCCAGAGUCUGAAUUUUCAUGAAGCAGGAAUGCUUUACAAUUACUUCGGAAAGAAAAGAAAAUUUGAGCUUGGCCUGAAAACUGAGGCAGGCCUUAAGCAAUGUCCAUGGCCAGGAAUGGGAACUGCACGCAGAGGAAAUGGCUCGGUUGAAAACGGAGGUAGGGGGUGGGACGUGUUUAAAAAGUCAAAUGAGAGUGUGUGCUCAACAGUAACUCUGGACGAAUGGGCUUUGAACUUUAAAAUCUGUUGUUGUUUUUUUUCCCAGACCCGUAUCUUUUUGUCCUUCCACACUUCAGGUUCACCUUACUUUCCUUCCUGCCUCUGUCCUUUUCUCCCUUCCCCUGGCCCACCCUGUUCCCUCCUCCUCCCCCUUUUAUAUCGCCAGUGCGGUGGCUCGUGGCAGUCUUGGAGUGACGCUUUCCAAUUUCACACUUACAUGCUCCUGAAAGUAUUCGUAAACUAACUCAUAUGUAAAACCAAUAAAGGGCAACAGCACACA